CUUUCUGACCUGUCCAGCUUGCCAGGUUGUCCCUCGUUGUUUGCCUCCAGUCCGGCGCAGACUGGCCGGCCUGCAGCCCACCAUCCUACUCCGCCCCUCGCAACAUCGAGACAGCUUCAAGGCACUGCCGUUGGAGCCUAGCGGCCCCCGCCCUGUGUGCUGAUGAUGCAACAGCGUCCCGUGAAACGGAUCCGAGAAUAAACCACACUCGCCGGCCUCCCGCCGCGAACCAACCAACCUUCUUCGUCGUCGCCUUUGUCUCCAGCGAUCCGCACGCCCAAUACCUGCUUGCUUCCGAAGCCGCAUGCAAGCACGAGCAGUAGCCUUGCCUUAGUCCGCAGCUGUGUCUUUCUGCCAACCACAUCCAGUUGCUUUUUAUCCUCAUUACACAUCAGGUUUUCUUGUAAGAGGUCGUCUUGCAUCGACUCCUCAAAAUGGCACCCAUCCCGCGUCAUCAGCAGGACCAUCUCCUCCCGCUAUCCGCUGCCUCAACGCAACCGGCAAACGUUCGAGUAGGGGAGAAGACAAUCAUUGAGCCUGCAGGAUACGAAAGGCAUCUGGUCUCGCCGCCGCUGUCAAAGCCCAGCAGAAUGCCUACUGCAAGAGCACUACUUGUGGCUCUGCUGGUCGGAUGCCUUGUGGUGGUAGGCUUUGCUCACUCAGACUCUUCUGCUCCCGACGAUGCCUGUUCCAGCGGCCAAGAACAUGCUUGUAUCGAGGUUGAUGUCGCCCACGACAAGUCCGCGCUGGCUCGCCUGAUAGACUCAGCUUCGCCAGAAGCUCUUCACAAGUUCUUGCACACAGUGACAGGAUUCCAGCAUGGGGUCUUUGAUAGCGAUCAUGCCGCCGUCGAAGCUGUUCUCGAGAUCGACCCGGCUCUUUCUUCGACUGUAGCGCAACUGCAGCGGAGGCAGAACGGAACCACGACAGAUGAUCCUGGGAAUACCCAAUCCAGCAGCUCGGCCAACGAGCCCCCAACGACUACCACCAGCACGCCCGACCAGUCAACUCCGCCAGUAGAGUCGUCGACACCCACAGUCUCGGAGCCUUCAACGUCCUUGCCCUCAACCACGGACUCGGUCGUGGUGCCGCCCACAACAACCUCGGGCCCAACUCCCACGACGCCAACCGGCUCAAGUUCCAGCAGCCCAUCGAACACGGAGCAGACGACCACAACUGGCCCGGCAACCACCAGCACCACCGAUAGAGGUCCAACCACCUCGCCGCCCAGGCCAAGUACCUGCCCCAAGACCAACGUGCAGACGACGACACUGCCUGGAGGCGCCGUGCUCACGCUAACCUCGGUCACCUUUGUCACUCCUGGCGUACCUGAGACCCCAACGACAUCCAAGACUGUCGAUGCAAGCCUGCAAAGCGGUGCUGCUGUGCCUGUCGGUUCCAGCCAACGGCUGCCGCUACUCGAGUUGCUUGUUGGCGGUAUUGCUGCCAUGGCCAUACUGGCUUGAAACCAUGGCAUGGUUAUGAAGAUUUUUCAAGUGCCAUCACUUCAAGGGGAUUGUUGGGGUGGCGCUCAUGACGAUGUGCAGCCACAAGUCCGCCAAAGAACAAUGAAUCUGCGACAGCAAACCACAGCACGUGGAAUCGGCAUUGUAUGUCGCAUGGCCUUUGAUUUUCCUAUUUUACGACUGAAAUGAAACCCCGAAGAGCAGAGUAAGGCCAUCGAGUUCUUACACAUACAUAUACGGAAAGACUAUCGGACAUGCAUAGCGUUGGCAUAUUACAAUAGACAUUGUUUC